AUGUUGAUACCAUUACUAUUGCCAAUGAUAAGUUUUAUAACAUCAUUGCUUGGAUUGAUAUUAUUGAUUACUGGAUAUGGUUUAAAUCAUUCAACGAUAGCAUUUCUAAGUUUUGGCUUUACUGGUUUAAUCACUUCAAUGAUUGUUUGGACAAUACGGCCUAAAACAUUAAUGACGUGGCCAAAAUGUUUGAAACGUUUCUUCAAUCGACAGCGAUGUUUUAACAAAUCCAAUAAUGUGGAAAUAUUAGAUCGUGAUAAAGCUGAAAUGAUCAUGCGAAAUAUUCGCGGUAUUCCAUAUCUUAUCCAGGCUAUUCAAUAUAGUAUGGAAACAACAUAUUAUACAGCAAUGAUGGCGGAAAAAAAUAAUGGUAGCAUACCGACAACUUCCGUUAUACAUACUGCUCCCAAAUGUAUUAGUGUUAUCGAUUCCGAUCAUGAAGAUUGCUGUUCGAGCCCUGAAAUGACAUUAUCAAAAGAGCAAUCAGCAGUUCGUGUAAUUGAAACGAUCGAAGAAUGGAUUCCAACCGGAUUAUCAUCCUGGAAUAAUACCCAAUUGAGGCUUUCCAUAAAAAGUAAUCCUGAAGCUGGAAUCAAUGUAUUUCCGUACAGUGAAGUAAUGCCACGACCAAGUGCUGAUCCGGUCUUAGAGUUGCUUGAAACACCUGGAGAAAUUGCAUCAAAAGAUAACGAAAAAAGAAUUUCCCUAAAAAGAUAUGAAUUGAAAAAUAAUUUUCAACUGCGUUAUAUGGCAAUGAGUAGCGAUUUCUUGCAUAAAUUCAAUGAAUCUUUUCGAUCCUUUCCACAUUGA